UCAGCACAAGAGGCGGAGUUUCUCCAUCAGACUGGAAACAUGUAAACACAUCGCUGCUCACAUCGGCCGCUGCAGUACACGCUUGGCCUUAUUGAUCUAUUCUCAAGAGGUAAACUAUGGAUAAUAUUUACAGGUUCCCCGUUUUCUUUGAGUGCCACAGCCUGACAGAGGAGCAGGUGAAGCGGGUGCAAACAUAUUUCCGUAUUCGCCGCAAAUCUGACGGAGGAGAGAGCAGCAAUCUGAGCAGGGUGGAUGAUAAAACCUACAGCAUUGCUUUCAGAUAUCAGAAAGAUCAGCAGAGGGUCCUGCGGAGAUCUGAGCAUGUUGUGGAUGGUCUGGUGUUCACUGUCCGAGGCAGCCUGGAACCUCUCGCUUCCUCUCCAAGUCAGGAUUUUAUCGCACCAGAACAGAGCCCACAGUCCAUGCCUGCCUCAACACCUCCACCAAGUGGUGAAGAAUACAAACUACAAUUUGAUGCUUACCUCCUUCGUUACCUAAAGGAAUGUCCAAAGGCUGUGAGAAAAUUGCAGACAGAACUCGCCUCUGUUUCCUGCUCUGCUCAGCUUUACCCGGAAGAGGAGAAAGUUGUAGUUUUCCGUUUAGCUCAACCUGGUGCUGCAGAUGAUGUUAGCAACUGGAAAGCAGAGGUAGACAAACUCUUUGAUGGCUACCUGUGCCACUAUGAGUUAGACUCUCACAAGGUCAAAGCUUUGCUUCAGUCCUGCAGCUCUCCUCAGACCACAGAUAAAGUAAAGGUGUACAGCGAGGUUGGGAUGGCUGUUGUUGUUGGGGAACGUUCCCAGGUGAAUGCCAGGUUGGCGGAAGUAGACAGGGCAGGUUUAAAUAUGAAGCAAACCAGCAUUCGUCGAGUGGGAGAGUCCAAGCUUAGUCUCCUCUGGAAAGAGACUGAGCACAGCCUACGACGAGAUUUUCCAGGCCUGAAGGUCACGCAGGGAGCUGCAGGUCAGUUAGUUUUGGAAGGUUCUGUAGAGGAGAUUCUUAAGGCUGGUGAAUGGAUCUCUGAUCAGGAAAGUUUGGUGUUAGAAAGGACAGUUCCUGACAUGAGCCCACAUUUUUUGGCCUUCUUGAGAAAGGCAUACGGAGGUCCAGGGGUGCUAGGUGACUUUUUAGGGGUUGGUGACAAGGUGGAAAUAGAAUUACGAGACACGGAGCUGCGGUUCUUCUCCCUCUCUGCUGAUAAUCUGGAUGACACAGAAAAAAAACUGCAUGAAAUAUUCAACGAAGUCAAGAUUGACUUUCCUAACUGCUCUGUUGUGCCAUCUGAGCUUCGGGAAAAGCUUAAGUCCAAGACAAAAGAGAUAAACCAAGGCCAAUACAGGGCUCAGGUCGUGUUUGGCUCAGACAGCACAGUGUGCUUACUGGGCCACACCAAAGAGGUUGAAGAGCUGAGUGAAGUUGUCAUACAUAAGCGUUUGGGAACUGAGGACACUAACUGUUGA